UUGAGGCAACAUCGGGCUACUCGCUUUUUCGUCGAUGAGGGGCUGAGGGCCAUGUACUCGCUGUAUCGGGCAUGGCUGUCGCUGGGCCCGUGCCCAAUUCCGGCCCUGCCUCCGGCGCCCCUCAACCUCACGGCCCCGGCACACUCGGCGGGCGCCCCGGACGUCACGCUGCAAGUGGGGCCCGGGAUGACGCAGUUCUCGGCGCACAGGGCCGUACUCUCGGCGCACAGCGGCUUCUUUAAGGCGGCUUUGCUCAACCAGACAGACGCCACCCCCAUCGCCGUCCCCAACGUCAACGUGGACGAAUUCUCGUCCCUCCUCACGUUCAUGUACACCGGCUACCUCGACCUCAACCUCACCAACAUCUACAACAUCUUGCUCGCUACGCACAUCUUGCACAUGCCGCGAGCCCUCGAGAUCUGUCGCUCGUUCCUGUUGCAGAGCCAACCGUCGCUCGAGACCCGCCCCUCUAUUAUUAAGCCCAUCCCUAGUCGCAAAGCGGCCCCGCCUACUCAGCAGAUCUUCGCGCCUGUUUUCUCGCACUUGCACAAGUCCGAAGCCACGCCUUUCAAGGCGGUGCACAACGACAAGGAGACGAUUCGGGCGUCGACGUCGAAGGAGGAGCCGGAGAGCGGGUUGGUGGAAAAAGCGACGAAGGCGGAGAAGAAGAAGAAACGGGGCGGGGACGGGGAGAAGGUCAUCGUGGACAUAGCUUGCUGCGACGGACCGGUGCGAUUCCACAGAGUCAUCAACAAAAACUACGGUGUGCAGCAGCAGCAGAACGAAGUCUAUGAAAUGCAAGAAGUGAACAAGAACGCGGUGAUGAAUAAGGUGAUGACGGAGAAUAUCGAGCAAAUGAGCGACGAGAACCAAAAUGGGGGCGAAAUGUUUACUUGUGUGUAUUGUAAUCAUACGUUUAAAUCGCAGUAUUGCUACCAGAAGCACGCCCGGAGACACCUGCACCCGGUGACGUUGGACGUGAAGAACGCCGCCCCCAAGGAGAACAAGCGCGAGGUGAAGCUUCUGGAUAUGAACGUGCAGUACUACCCUUGUAAAACCUGCGGCUCGAAAUUCCCCAGUUACUAUUUCGUCCACAAACACCGGAAGUUGUGUCACGCUGAAGAAAUGGCCGACAACAAUAACAAGAACAACGAGAUGGUGCCCGAGAGGGAGAACAGCGACAGCGGCAGCGCGAUUGACGUGGAAGCCGUCAACACCGACGCCUGAUUGCUCAACUAAACCCGAGAAAAUUUUGACUCGGAGUUGGCUCGAAACCAAAACGUU